AAAUAGUAUUAUAGGCUAUAGUAUGUUUCUGUGUAGUGCUGGUGCGGUGGUAAUAGUCUGUAAUAGCCGCGAUGUGGGUGAGGGGUGGCGGCUUAGUGAUUGUGGGCGGCUCGGUGAUAAAACACGUUACGCACGUCUUGGUUGACUAUCUAUUUCUCCCUUACCGCAGACAUGCCCCUUUUAGAACUAAGUCGGUACAGGUACGAAGCCUUGCCUGGAGAUGGCGGCCAACACAUUCGCAUCGCCAGGAUCUAUCCCGGUCACUUCGACGACGACAUCCACGUGAGCUUGCGAAUCGAGGAUUUCCAGGUUGAUGACAUCCGCCCGGCCGACCCAACAGACAUUCAAGACCAGUUGCCAACCUAUGAAGCAAUGUCAUACACAUGGGGCCCACCGGUCGAUUCCGGUCUAAUUUUCGUUCGUACCGAGAUAUCUCUAUCUUCCGGCCUCAAUACGCAGGAAGAACGUGCCGAUCAAAGCUGGCACCAGUGGCUGCCUGCCCGGGCAAACCUCCUUUCUGCUUUGCGUCAUCUACGUCGUGAUGACAGCCCCCGAGACAUGUGGAUCGACGCCAUCUGCAUUGAUCAGGAAGAAGUGGUCCAGAAGGGCCCACAAGUGGCUCUCAUGGGAACGCUGUACUCACAAGCUGCCGGCGUAGUUGUCUGGCUUGGCCCUGCUUGUGAUGAGAGCGACCGAGCAAUGGAGCUUCUCAACAUCUGGGGCUCGCAGGUGGACUUCGACAUUGGGCUGGAGACCCUACAGCCGUCGGCAGGAUCGGCGCGUCUUCCAGCCGAGGCGUGUGACGAAAGGAUGGCCGAUGCGGGUAUACCGCUGGAAUGUAGAGGUAAAGACUCACUCGCCGUCUCCAGCCUCUUUGGCCGCGACUGGUUCGAUCGACUCUGGAUUCGUCAAGAGAUAGGGCUUGCAGAUCUGAGUCGCUCUCACGUGCAAUGCGGAACCAUGGCCAUGCCUUGGGCGAUAUUCCGGAAUGCGUGGGGGGCCAUCUAUCUGAAGGGCACAUCCGACGAUGACCCCACGAUCAAACAUCGACUGAACAAUCGCAUAGCCCACGUUCAUCCAGUGCUAGAGCAAAAGUCGAGCAUAUACUUGUCAUGGGUACGACUUUUGUUUUCAGGAGCUGAAUGCUUUGACAAGAGGGACCGCAUUUACGCCGUUCGCUCCAUGCUGGCAGAUGAGAGUAUCAAGCAAGUCAUCAAGCCCGAUUACACGAAAACGGUAAUCGAAACAUACCGGGAUGCAGCCAUGGCUUAUCUGCGGGAGGAUACUGAUCGCGACCUGCGUAUUCUGGAAGACUGCCGAUUACACGCCGGCUGGUCAGGGCCCAGCUGGGUACCGGACUGGACGUAUGCCGACCAGACGGUCCUUUCGCCCUGGGGCUACUAUCGAGCAUCUAUGGACAUAAUCCCGAUCCCCAGAGCUUGGGAAAUCGCUGAUCUCGGAGCACUGCGAGUUCAAGGUGUCUUCGUUACGAAAGUAACUGAAGUCCACGCCACACGCUCUCUUGAGGAUGUCCACAAUCUGCUCGUGUGCGGACAGAGGUCUAUGGAUGGUGCCUACCCUGCUGGAGGCACUGUCCUAGAUGCAUAUGCCCGGGUACUUUGCUGCGAUAGAUACAAGGAAAUUGAUGCUGCUUCAUACUCAAAUGGGCCAUUUCCACUUCUCAAAAUCCUACGGGACUAUCUGUCCCAGCUUCAAACAAAACCUUUGGAGACAUCGACAAGGGAGGUUUCCUCAUUUCUGCUGAGAGGGCUGACAGGUCGCACUUUACUACAAACAGACUCGGGCCUCAUCGGCUUAGGAGUCGGACAGGAGUGCGCCCAGGUGGGUGAUGAGAUCUGUGCCAUCUUCGGAUGCGGUCCCUUAAUGGUCAUACGCCCUUCUUGCAACUCCAGAGAUGGUCAAUACCGGUUGGUAGGUCCAUGCAGCCUGGACGGAGCGAACUGGGGCGAAAGCGUCCUAGGACCCCUUCCACGUGGUAUGCGCCAUGUGAACGCCGAAGUUGAGGUCGAUCAAGUCAGGAAGUCAAUAUGGGUCUGUAAGGAUGAACACACCGGUGAAUUGCUCCGCAUGGAUCCCCGGCUUCUUUCGCUCGGCAUUGAUCUGACGGACUAUGAGAAAAGUCUUGAACAAGCACACCUAGACCACCUAUAUGUUGAAUCGGAGGUCUUGGUAGAAAGUCUGGCCACCAGAGGGGUCCAUGUCCAAGCAAUUGACCUAGUUUAGCUAGGAGGGUGUGCGAAGGCAAUUCAGUUGACAGAGGGAUUCCGUGCUUGGGGAAGCUGCUGAAAAACAAUCUUGACCGUCAUGAAUGAACGGAGCAAAAGUCGACAAAACAACAUCUAGUUUUGAAGGUAGGGUCUGAAGGUAGGAUACGCUAUGCAUAAUACCAUCUUCUACUCACUUGGCUAUUACAAGUCCCCACAGUAUCUUGGUUUGUAGCCUGAGAAAGGUUUCCGUGCGGUGAGGGACUAUGCGGAGUACAAACAUUAAGCCUCACCCAGAAAGCCCUAAUCCUUACACCACCAAAACCUCUUGCUUUAUUAUCCUUUUGCAGCAGAAUACGAGAAGUCUUGGUCACACAGAAC